UGCAGCGCGGAGGGAGCCCGCAGCGGCACCUCCAGGCCUGCAGGGGCGGUGCCGCGGCGGGGCGGGCCGCGGCGGAAGAAGACCACUCUGGCAGCGCGUCCGCCUGCUCCUCACCAUGGCGCCCGCGCGCGCCCUGCCCCGGCUGCUGAGCACGGGUGUCUGGCCCAGGUCGCUGCGUUUACGUGUCCUCCAGGCGGCGACCCCCAGCCCGGCCAGGCCGAGCAGCAGGACGCUGGGAAGCGCCGCGACCACCGCCCUGAGCGAGCCCGAGGGUAGCGCCGAUCUCCAGGACAGGGUCCUCAGCGAGCCGCUCAAGCACUCCGACUUCUUCAACCUCAAGGAGCUGUUUUCCGUGAGGACCCUCUUCGAUGCCCGGGUGCACCUGGGGCACAGCGGCUGUCGCCACAGGUUCAUGGAGCCGUACAUCUUUGGGAGCCGCCUGGGCCAGGACAUCAUCGACCUGGAGCAGACCGCCGCGCACUUGCAGCUGGCCUUGAACUUCACGGCCCACGUGGCCUACCGCAAGGGCAUCAUCUUGUUCGUGGGCCGCAACCGGCAGUUCUCGCACCUGAUCGAGAACACGGCCCGGGACUGCGGUGAGUACGCGCACACGCGCUACUUCAAGGGCGGCCUGCUGACCAACGCGCCGCUCCUGCUGGGCGCCGGCGUGCGCCUGCCCGACCUCAUCGUCUUCCUGAGCACGCUCAACAACGUGUUCGAGCCCCACGUGGCCGUGAGGGACGCGGCCAAGAUGAACAUCCCCACGGUGGGCGUGGUGGACACCAACUGCAACCCCUGCCUCAUCACCUACCCCGUGCCCGGCAACGACGACUCGCCCCCGGCCGUGCAGCUCUUCUGCCGCCUCUUCCGGACCGCCGUCACCCGCGCCAAGGCCAAGCGCCUGCAGGUCGAGGCCCUGUACCGGCUGCAGGGCCAGGAGGGCGCCAAGGGCCUGGGCCCCACGGACGCUUCGACCCCGGGGACUAGGCCGUUCCCCCCUGACUUGUCUGCCCUCCCAAAUAAAAUAGCGGCCAAACCUGUCCCUGCUCGGAGAAGCCCCCCCCCGCCCCAUGUCCCUGGUGCCACCCCGAGUGCCUGCAGUCUCCCCGGCCUUGCGUCCCGCUGCCGGCCGCACAGCAUGAGUGCCGUACCCAAGGACUCGUCCGGCCCAACACGAGUCCUCCCGAGAGACCCCCCACCCCCGCCGCUGAGAGUGUCCCAGAGCGCACCCCUGGUGACAGGGAAGGAGCUGGAGCGGAGCGGCGGCCGCGCAGAGAGACUCGCACACUACGGGGCGGAAUUAGAACUCCCGUCUGCAGAGGAGGCCGGUGCCUUCUGCACCACGAAGUGA